AGGCACUGAAUGCUUAUAUAACCAAUUCACUAAUGAAUGACUCCCAUUGGAUAAGUCUCUUGUAGCCAGUCACACACCCGUAUUCUAUGCACGCUUACCCAAUUUAAAUCAAUCAUAUCGUUGAGCUUCGCUCCUGCGCCCCGCCUUCUCUUGCCACAAAACACACGACCCCCGUCUAAUUUAAACAACAAAUCCAAACUGCUUUCUGACACUACAACACUACAUAACCCUUCCAAAACCAAACAACUUCUAAAUAACCCCACCUUGAAAGUCGAACUCGAAAUCCCAAAACGAAAUCCAAAUCAAUCUAUUAAAUUCUUUAAUAAGUUUUACACCCUUUCCAUCACUUUGAACAGAAUUCCAGUCCCAAAGACACCAGGCACACUCGAGUUUAUGUCCAUCGAAAACCUCAAGACGAUCGGUAUGCGCCCUUACUUUCCCCCUUUUAUCUCUUCACUUCGCGGAGCAGCCAUAUCAGAAUAAUACUUCCUGGCACUUCCUUUAUCGACAUACCUGCUACCGACUUGUUUCUAUGCUCAUUUUUGACCGCUCGUGCCACCUUCACUAAUAUAUCUCUUGUAGACUCCUUCGCUGAAGCCGAUGCCGCCGGAGAUCCAGGACCAAACCAAGGCUCAGGGGAGACAAAGUCGCCGUUGAAAGCGAACGAUUCCUCCCCUACUGCAAACCUCAAGCUAGCAAAGUCCGCAAAGGCUGCUCCUGGUGGAACUCAAAUUGAGAACUUGAAAGUCUUCGGUGAGAUAACCGUUCCCGUCCUCGUGGCACAUUCUCAUCAUUGAAUAUUGAUGAAAUCAAUUACAUUUCGACUUGGAUCGUUUGGUGUUAUAUGAAUAAUUAUAUUGGGAAUAAAUUCUAACUUGUGCAUAUUUAGAUCCCUUCGCUGAAGCCGACGAAGAACCUGGAGACCAAAAGGCCGCAGAAUAUAUUCAUAUUCGUAUUCAACGUAUGUCGACUUUGUUCAGCUGUCCACAUCCCUUGCAAUUACCUGGCUAUAAAAGGAAAGGCUUGUACGUCAGUCACUAACUCUUUAUGAUUACAGAGCGUAAUGGUCGUAAGACUUUAACCACUGUUCAAGGACUUCCAAAGAAAUUUGACCAGAAGAAGAUCCUUAAGGUUAUUAAGAAGAAAUUCGGUAAGUUCAUUAUGCAACCUCACACUCUGAGAUGUUGGUUGCUAAUUCUGCGAUGUAACAGCUUGCAAUGGCACCAUUGUCAACGAUGUCAUCAUGGGCGACGUGAUCCAGCUCCAAGGAGACCAGCGCAAAGAUGUGCAAGAAUUCCUCACAGGCAAAGAAGGCUUAGAGCUCGAAGCCAAGACCAUCAAGGUAACAUAACAUUAGCUCCAAUCAUUCAUCAGAAUCCAUCUAACCAAGUUGAACAUUAGGUCCACGGUUUCUAAAAUCCGCAACCACAGGUCCCGAGCCAUCGCAGUCCCGUAAGCUUCCAUCACCAUAUGUGGUUGCUUGCUCAAUCCAAACCUUGCUGCGAAUGACCUCACAAACAUGUGGGCGAGACAGUCCCCAUCAUUCCCCGCAUCUACGCAGAAAGCGCUAGGUGAUACAAGGGAGGGCUUUGCAGAUGGAUGCUCCAACUUUGCUAGUUUAGCAGGGUCUUCAUUCUCUUUAUUUCACUAGUCAGAUCAGGUUACUUAGUGCACCUGGCUGUAAAUUUCGGUACGCCUCAUGACAUAGUUAAAUGUCUAAUCAUACACGGCCUAUCCGUUCCCAUUGUGUUUCAGU